AUGCCAAAGGUUACUGCCAUUCUAGUUUUAUCAAUAAUAGCCUAUGGCUAUGCGGAUAAAUUAGAUAAGGGAUACCUGCCUCCUGCAAAUGCUGCAUCAUCAGGCGGCAGCCCAGGAGUAUUAGUUGCUCCAGCAGAUCAGUCUGAGGUUUUCGGACAAGGGUUGCCUGUUCCAGAAAGUCAAUCAGGCUCUUAUAUCCAAGAUAUUGGACAAGAAGGUUUUCAAGCUUAUAAACAGGAACGCCCUCAAGCAGCAGCUGAUAGAAAUGCAGAGACCUUAGAGUUUAAUAAUGAAAAUAAUGGUGAAUCCUAUGCAUAUAAUUAUGAAACAUCUAACGGGAUUUCUAUGGGGGAGUCAGGUGUUGCAACUAAUGGAGUUAACGCUCAAGGUGGCUAUGCCUAUACUGGCGAUGACGGUAAAUCCUAUUCAGUUACGUAUACCGCAGAUGUAAAUGGCUAUCAACCUCAGGGAGAACAUUUACCUACUCCUCACCCUAUCCCUGAAGAAAUAUUAAAGUCCAUUGAAGAAAAUGCCAAAGCUGCUGCUGCUGGUACACAAGAAGGAGCUUACAUUCCUGAGGAGUAUGAAUCCAACGCUAAUUACUCAUCAAAGCCAGGUCAAGAAUCUGUUGCUUCUUUAGAUGAAAUCGAUAAACGCAAAAAUCAAGAAAUAAACAACAAAUAUAACAAUCCUCUCGAUUUUGUGGGUCAACAAUAUGAAAUAGCUUCUAGUUUAGAUGUAAAUCCAUCAGCCCAAAAUCAGAAUAAGGAAAAUGGACAAGAUUUCAACCAAAUGUACACUCCAAAUCCUUAUCAAUACCAACAAACCUCUGGUAUUCAAGGAAACAGUGGUUUUGAAACUAGUAGCCUGUCACCUAUUCAAGGACUAGCAGAGCAGUUCAUACAAGGAGACGGUUAUGAAUAUAAUCAACCUAAACUGCCAUUACAGCCAGUAAUUUCUGGACAAGACUCACUAGAUCAGUACAGACCGCAAGUAAAUAGCGAGAAUGAAAAGAUAUCAUCAUCGUCAAGACCCAGUUCAUCAGAUCCCUCAUUUAAUGGAGAUCAAAAUUUGAAACCUUCAUCUGGAAGCCUUCCCUCAGAUGAACAAUCUCCUCAAUAUCAAUCUGGCCAACAAGUUCUUCCAGAAUUUAGACCCUCCUCUUUUAGUGGACCAAAUUUAUCUCAGAAUAUGAAGGGAUCUUUCCCUAACCAAGACCAACAAAUCCAAAUAAAAGAAUCCUCUGGUGAUUUGAACGAAAAUAAAGGAAAUGGUUAUCAUUAUGAUCAACCAAAGCCUGCUUUCCAACCCGCUAAUUCCGCACAGAGCUCAUUUGACCAAAAUCGUCCAGGAUUAUCCGGUCAAAAUGAACUGUUAUCACCAUCGUCUAGACCAGGUUCAUCAGGUUUAGGAUUUAAUGGAGAUCAGAAUUUGAAACCUUCAUUUGGAAACCGUCCUUCAGCUGAACAAUUUCCGCAAUAUCAAUCUGGCCAACAAAUUCUUCCAGAAUUUAGGCCUUCCUCGAAUAGUGGACCAAAUUUAUCUCAGAAUAUGAAGGGAUCUUUCCCUAACCAAGACCAACAAAUCCAAAUAAAAGAAUCCUCUGGUGAUUUGAACGAAAAUAAAGGAAAUGGUUAUCAUUAUGAUCAACCAAAGCCUGCUUUCCAACCCGCUAAUUCCGCACAGAGCUCAUUUGACCAAAAUCGUCCAGGAUUAUCCGGUCAAAAUGAACUGUUAUCACCAUCGUCUAGACCAGGUUCAUCAGGUUUAGGAUUUAAUGGAGAUCAGAAUUUGAAACCUUCAUUUGGAAACCGUCCUUCAGCUGAACAAUUUCCGCAAUAUCAAUCUGGCCAACAAAUUCUUCCAGAAUUUAGGCCUUCCUCGAAUAGUGAACCAAAUGCAUCUCAGAAUAUGAAGGGAUCUUUCCCUAACCAAGACCAACAAAUCCAAAUUAAAGAAUCCUCUGGUGAUUUGAACGAAAAUAAAGGAAAUGGUUAUCAUUAUGAUCAACCAAAGCCUGCUUUCCAACCUGCUAAUUCCGGACAAAGCUCAUUUGACCAAAAUCGUCCAGGAUUAUCCGGACAAAAUGAACUGAUACCACCAUCGUCUAGACAAGGUUCAUCAGGUUCAGGAUUUAAUGGAGAUCAGAAUUUGAAACCAUCAUUUGGAAACCGUCCUUCAGCUGAACAAUCUCCGCAAUAUCAAUCUGGCCAACAAGUUCUUCCAGAAUUUAGGCCUUCCUCGAAUAGUGGACCAAAUGCAUUUCAGAAUAUGAAGGGAUCUUUCCCUAACCAAGACCAACAAAUCCAAAUAAAAGGAUCCUCUGGUGAUUUGAAUGAAAAUAAAGGAAAUGGUUAUCAUUAUGAUCAACCAAAGCCUGCUUUCCAACCCGCUAAUUCCGCACAGAGCUCAUUUGAUCAAAAUCGUCCAGGAUUAUCCGGUCAAAAUGAACUGUUAUCACCAUCGUCUAGACCAGGUUCAUCAGGUUCAGGAUUUAAUGGAGAUCAGAAUUUGAAACCUUCAUUUGGAAACCGUCCUUCAGCUGAACAAUUUCCGCAAUAUCAAUCUGGCCAACAAAUUCUUCCAGAAUUUAGGCCUUCCUCGAAUAGUGGACCAAAUGCAUCUCAGAAUAUGAAGGGAUCUUUCCCUAACCAAGACCAACAAAUCCAAAUUAAAGAAUCCUCUGGUGAUUUGAACGAAAAUAAAGGAAAUGGUUAUCAUUAUGAUCAACCAAAGCCUGCUUUCCAACCUGCUAAUUCCGGACAAAGCUCAUUUGACCAAAAUCGUCCAGGAUUAUCCGGACAAAAUGAACUGAUACCACCAUCGUCUAGACAAGUUUCAUCAGGUUCAGGAUUUAAUGGAGAUCAGAAUUUGAAACCUUCAUUUGGAAACCGUCCUUCAGCUGAACAAUCUCCGCAAUAUCAGUCUGGUCAACAAGUUCUUCCAGAAUUUAGGCCUUCCUCAAAUAGUGGACCAAAUGCAUCUCAGAGUAUGAAGGGGUCUUUCCCUAACCAAGACCAAAAAAUCCAAAUUAAAGAAUUUUCUGGAGACUUGAAAGAAAGCAAAGGAAAUGGUUAUCAUUAUGAUCAACCAAAGCCUGUAUUCCAACCCGCUAAUUCCCGUCCAGGUUCAUUUAUUCAAUAUCGUCCAGAAAUAUCUAGCCAAAAUCAAAAGAUAUCAUCUUCUGCAAGACCAAGUUCGUCAGUUCCUUCAUUUAGUGAAGAUCAGAAUUUGAAACCCUCAUUUGGGAGCCGUCCCUCAGCUGAGCAAUCCCCAAAGUACCAAUCCGGCAAACAAAUUCUUCCAGCUUUUAGGCCUUCUUAUAAUAGACCAAAUGUUUUCCAGAAUAAAGAAAGUCUUUUUCUUAAUCGAGAGCAACAAAUCAAACGACCUUCAAGUGGUUUAAUACAAGACAAAGGAAAUGGUUAUCAAUAUAAUCGACCAAAACCUGCAUUUCAGCCAACUAUUUCGGGACAAAAUGUAUUAGGCCAAUAUAGACCUCAAGUAUCUAACGAAGGAAAUAAGAAGUCACUAGUAAGUCAAAAUUCUUUCGCUGCAGUAGUCAGUGGAAAUAACGGGAACAGUAAUCCUUCAUUACAAAACGGCCCAAAUGGUUCUCAAAAUAAAGGAUCCUUCCCUAUUAAGUAUGUAAAGAACCCAGGCACUCAAGCAGAUGGCUCUUCACAAGGCAACGUUUCACCUCAGUUUAGUAUUUUAAAUAAAAAUAAACCCUGUUGUGGUUAUAAAAAACCCGAACAAGGUUCCAAAUCGUCACCUAGCCAAGGAAUUGGAAUGAAUAAAUUCGGGAAAGGACCUGUUUCUAGUGUAAAACCAAUCGAAGCGCCUUACCAAUACAAAAGACCAAGUGUAAGUUUUACUACACAACGUCCAAGUUCUUUCUCGCAAACAACACAGAUAAACAGAGACAAUCAGGAUAAAGGCGAAACAUUUGAAGGGCCCCGUCAACCUCCAAGUUUCAGCCCGGAAGAAGGUUACAAAUAUUAG